UCAUUCUAGAUUGUGUCAAAGCAACAUCAAAGCAAUCUUAGCAUGCCAAAUUUCCCCAGAACCAAUCAGAAAUAGCUAAUCUUUUAAGAAAGGCACAUGUACUUGAAUUUCCCAAGUCAUCAAUUCCUAUUACCAAAGUUUUACUCAGCCAAAUUCUUCAGGUCUCAUACAGGAAUUCUUUCUGGGAGUAGAGAUUGAGCAUAACCAAGAAAAGAACAAAGAAAUAAACAUGGAACCCCAUGGGCCAUGCUCCAGCCUGCAAACAUGUAUGAAAGCCAUCCACAGCAAGAUUAAUCAUUCCACUAAGCGAUGUAUUAUCAAGGGAAAAUUUGUCAUUCUUCAAACUCAAGGGCAAUCAGGUCCUGGAAAAUCAGGAUCUGUACAGAUCUAUAGCAGCAAUGCAAUCGACCCAAGCACAGGCAAAGGGAAGUUGAGCCCGAAAGCCUACCUCAAGCAUGGAAAGAGCAAAAAGCGUGAUGGCGUGAAAACUAUAACAUAUCAAAUAAAGCUCUACACCGAGCCAGAGUUUGGAAUUCCAGGAGCAUUUCUCAUAACCAACCAACAUAAACAUGAAUUCUUCCUUGAAUAUGCAACUCUUGAAGUUCUAGACAAUCAUCUCAUCCACUUUGAAUGCAGGUCUUGGGUAUACCCUGUCCAGAAGACAAAAUCAGACCGAUUGUUCUUCUCAAACGCUAGUUAUCUGCCGAACCAAACACCUGGUGCUUUGGUGGAAUUAAGAAAGUCGGAACUUACAAGCCUGAGAGGCGAUGGAACUGGAGAGAGGAAGGAAUGGGAUCGAAUCUAUGAUUAUGAUUACUACAAUGAACUUGGUCGUCCAGAUAAAGGUCAACAACACAAUAGACCAAUAUUGGGUGGCACUGAAUCACAUCCAUAUCCUCGAAGGGGAAGAACAGGUUACCCUCCAAGCAGCACUGAUCCUUCUACUGAAAGCCGGCCAGAAAUUAUCGACUUGGAUGUGUAUGUUCCUUCAGAUGAGCGAUUUGGCCCCAAAAGACUUUCAGAGCUCAUAUCAAAUUCAGUCCGGGCUACUGUACAUUUCCUUAUCCCCGAAGCAAGUUCCCUACUCAAACAAGGAUCAAGUAAUUUCAAGUCAAUUGAGGAGAUACGUAACCUGUUCUAUAGAAAGAGAAAUCCAAUAAAGGGAACGGUCACAGACAAAAUAAAGAAAUUGGUAACAGAUGAGCUUUUUAAAGAAAUUAUUCAUGCAACCAAAGAGUCCAUAGAAUUCCCAUUGCCUCAAAUUAUAACAGAAAACGAAUUAGCCUGGAAGGAUGAUGAAGAGUUUGGACAUCAGAUGCUUGCAGGAAUUAAUCCAGCACGAAUUCGAAGUUUGCAGAGGUUCCCACCAGAAGGCAGUACAAUAGAGGCAUCAGACAUAGAGCACAACCUAAAUGGUUUGACUCUCGCCGAGGCAAUGAGACAAUGGAGGAUAUUCAUCUUGGAUCACCAUGACUAUCUCAUGCCCUUUUUAGACAGAAUAAACACAAAAGAUGUCUGUGCUUAUGCAUCUAGGACACUACUAUUCUUACAAAAUGAUGCCACACUAAAACCAGUAGCAAUAGAGCUGAGCUUGCCUGGGUCUCUUGAGGACAACGGGACCAGUUGGGUGUUCCACCCAGCAAUUGAAGGCACAGAAGCAGCAAUUUGGCAGUUUGCCAAAGCUCAUGUUGCAGCUAAUGACUCAGCCUACCAUCAACUAAUCAGCCAUUGGUUGCACACCCAUGCAGUAGUUGAGCCAUUCAUUAUUGCAACUAGAAGGCAAUUGAGUGUGAUGCAUCCAAUUCACCGGCUAUUAGAUCCACAUUUCAAAGACACUAUGCAUAUCAAUGCAUUGGCUCGGAGUAUCCUUAUUAACUCUGGAGGAAUCCUUGAGAAGACACUGUUUACUGGUGAAAUAUCCAUGGAAUUGUCUUCUGAACUCUAUAAAGAUUGGAGAUUUGAUGAACAAGCUCUCCCUGCAGAUCUUCUCAAAAGACGACUGGCCUUGAAAGACCCAGACAAUCCCACUGGGGUUCAGCUCCUCUUUGAGGAUUAUCCCUAUGGUGCAGAUGGACUUGAAAUAUGGCGUGCCAUUAAGACAUGGGUCAGAGACUUUUGCUCCAUUUUCUACAAAGACGAUGAUUCAGUCAGUUCUGACAUAGAAAUCCAAGAAUGGUGGUCAGAAAUUAAAAAUGUAGGUCAUGGUGAUAAGCACAAUGAAACAUGGUGGUAUGAAAUGAAAACUCUCUCCAACCUAACAGAGGCUCUAACAACUCUCAUAUGGAUUGCAUCAGCCCUUCACGCCUCGGUUAAUUUUGGGCAAUAUGCAUAUGCCAGUUACCCUCCUAAUCGUCCCAUGCUAUGUCGGAGAUUCAUUCCAAAUGAAGGGGAGAUAGAAUUUGCUGAAUUCCUAAGAGAUCCAGAUAAAUACUAUCUGAAUAUGUUGCCUGAAAGAUUUGAAACAACCCUUGGCAUAGCAUUAACGGCAGUCCUCUCACAGCACAGCUCUGAUGAAGUGUACUUGGGACAGAGGCCAUUAGAGUGGACUGACAAUAAAGAAGUUAGGCAAAAAUUUGAGAAGUUCAAUGAAGAUCUUAAAGAGAUUGAAAAGAACAUCUCCAAGAGGAAUGCAAAUCCCAUGUUGAAGAACAGAUGGGGCCCUGCCAAGAUACCUUACAAACUUCUUCACCCAGACACAUCAAAUGUUGAAUCCAAAGCAGGCAUCACAGGUAAAGGGAUCCCUAACAGCAUAACCAUUUGACAUAUAUUCAUUAUACUGUAAACUUCAAAUGAUAACUGUAAAUAUGAAGUGAUUGUCCAAAACACUUGUUAUAAAAUUGCUCAAGCAUCUGAGGCACCACUUUGUUCUGGUCUAACCCUAGCCAUCAUUACA